AUGCGUCCCUAUGCGGCUUCAGCAUUUGGACUGGGCGGUAUCUUCUUCGCUCCAAACCGAAAGGUUUCUACGAAUGCAACGAAGUAUAUUCUGAGAUCGCCACCUUCCAGUGCUCCACGCGAAGUACCAACGCCUUUGGUAUUUCUGUCAGCGAGCGCCUGGGAUAAGGACUCGGCCGCUGGGAUGACCAGUUUCGCGUCGAUUUUGGCGGAGAAGGGCUACACAUGCUUAGAAAUCGAUCUAGCCAAGCCUGACACCGUAAGCACGUCUGAAGCGCUUAUGCAUCACUUCGAAGAAGAGUUGCGCUCGCACAUCCGUCUCGCCGCCAUCCCCUUCGCACCCGUCCUUGUAUCUCGCUCUUCGGGCACCUUGAUCGCGCAGACGUAUAUCUCUUCGAAUCCUGCUCGUGGUCUCAUUAUGAUAUCGCCUCCCCCCAACAACAAUUCUGUUUCUAAAUCACUGCUCCCUACACCCCUGGAAGAGUUCAAUUACGAGCCGAAGUUCCCUAUUGCUGUCCUGGGAGCGAAGGAGGAUCUACAGAGGUGGAGACAUGACAGUCGGCUAGGACAAUACGGUAUGGUUGAUAUCUUUGAGGUAGACGAUACGGAGGGACAGGAUAGCUUGUCCAAGAUGGAGGUAUGGAUGGACGAGAUCGGGAUCUAA